AUGAAUGUACCUGUUUCGACAAUUCAGACGAGAAGGAGGUUGAAAAAAGUGGAAGAAGAGGAAAAUGCAGCAACGUUGCAGUUGGGACAGGAGUUUCAGAUGAGGCAGUUGAAUCAUCAGGGCGAAGAGGAGGAGCUGAUUGCAUUGAACUUGAGUGAAGCUCGGCUCGUCAUAAAGGAGGCGCUUGUAGAGCGGAAAAGGGCUUUCAGGCGUACGCAGCACAAGCGAAAGGCUAAAAAGAGAGAUAGAUCGAACGCUGUGAAUAAGCAGGAGGAUGACUCCACACUAGUGGACGGUAGGGAGAACGAUGUGGGGCCCAACGGACAGCACUAUGGAGACGGGAGUCGUGAUAGCGAUCUCGAUGACGAGGAAGACGAGGAAGACGACAAUGCAUUUAUGCACACUGAGACGCGUGAAAAAGAGCUAGAAUCUUUAGAUGCGCUUCUGGAGCAGACUACAGGGGGAAAUAACAAGGAUCUUAAGAAUACAAUGGAAUAUUUGACAAAUUUUUCUAGAUUUCGGGACCAAGAGACGGUCAGUGCUGUCAUCCAGCUGUUGAAGAGCGCUGGGUUGCAUCCUUUUGAAGUAGCUCAGCUGGGAACGCUUGCGUGUGACACGGCAGAUGAAGCAAAGACGUUGAUACCUAGCUUGAAUAAUAAAAUCUCAGAUGACGAUCUGGAGAGAAUCCUGAAGGAGCUGUCGAAUUUGGAAACACUAUACUAG